AUGGCUGAAAUUGAGGCCCUUCAAAAUGCAGAUUUUAGCACAAUUGGUAGGCAAUUGGCUAGAAGAGAUCCAGGCUCUAGUCCUUGAUGAACUCCAAGUGGUUUCCUACAAGCAACUGAGUUGCAACCUUUUGGAUUCAUGAAAUGUUGAAAAGAGAAGCUAAGCAAGAAUUUGAUGGCAAUAGCUCAGUUUAGGUGUACAGUGUUCAAGGAUGCAUUGCAAAGUAUUGUGAACUGCACUCUGGAAUGCUAAAUUUUUCCAGGCUUCAAGAGUUUUCCUAGAGUAGCAAACCUCAAAUAUUGAAAAUUCUUUAAGAGAUAAUGGGUAGGCCUUUUCUGGUUAUUUAAGUUUAGAUUUUUUGAGAAUUUGGAAGUUGAUUCUGCCUCUGGCUAUCUUCUAGCAGAACAUUUUUCUUUUGGAGAUCACAACUUUCUUUCAAGUUUUUCGCCUCUUGAAGUGCUUAUCUUCUCAUAUAUUGUUAUUUGCUAAUAAAGAAAAUUCUAUGGUGGUA